AUGGAGAACAUGAUGCAGGGCAAUAAGAUCAGACGAGUUGCAGCUACUCGCAUGAAUGAGAGGUCAUCUCGAUCACACACGAUUUUCCGGAUUAUUCUGGAGUCGAAAGAUGCCAAUCAGAAAGAUGGACCUGUACAUAUAAGCUACCUUAACUUAAUGGACUUAGCUGGUUCUGAGAGAGUUUCUCUGACGAAAGCUGCUGGUGAGCGUCUUAAAGAGGGGGCUAACAUAAACAAAUCUUUGUCAGUAUUAGGAAAUGUGAUAAGGCAACUAAGCGAGGGGAAGGAGUUUAUCAGUUAUCGCGAUUCGAAAUUGACUAGACUGCUCUCACAGGCUCUUGGCGGAAAUGUGCUGCUUGAUGCAAGGGAAGCUGUCGUAGACAAUGUUGAUAAAGUUAUGGAGAACAUGAUGCAGGGCAAUAAGAUCAGACGAGUUGCAGCUACUCGCAUGAAUGAGAGGUCAUCUCGAUCACACACGAUUUUCCGGAUUAUUCUGGAGUCGAAAGAUGCCAAUCAGAAAGAUGGACCUGUACAUAUAAGCUACCUUAACUUAAUGGACUUAGCUGGUUCUGAGAGAGUUUCUCUGACGAAAGCUGCUGGUGAGCGUCUUAAAGAGGGGGCUAACAUAAACAAAUCUUUGUCAGUAUUAGGAAAUGUGAUAAGGCAACUAAGCGAGGGGAAGGAGUUUAUCAGUUAUCGCGAUUCGAAAUUGACUAGACUGCUCUCACAGGCUCUUGGCGAUGUAUAUGGAUCUGUAGUAAAACCUUUAGUCGAUUCCUUCAUGGAAGGUUUCAAUGCCACAAUAUUUGCAUAUGGCCAAACAUCUUCUGGCAAAACACACACCAUUUUGGGCAAUAAAACAGAUCCUGGGCUUUUCCAAUUAGUAUCCAAUCAGUUAUUCCAGCAUGUGGCAGACCAGGUUGAUAAGAGGUACUUGAUUAGAUGCAGUUAUAUUGAAAUCUACAAUGAAAAGAUCAAUGACCUCCUGGAUAAGAGCAAUCAGGGUUUAACUAUGAGAAGAUAUCAAAGGAAAUGUGCUGCUUGA